AUGCCAUCAAAUGAUGAACUAGAAACAGUGCAAUUAAAAUUUGAUUCUCUUCAAGGUAAGGAUUUAAAAAACUAUAUGAAAUAUCUGAUAAUAUGUCAUUCAAAUUUAUUGUAGAGUUUAAUAAUUGGAAAGAGAAGGAGGAAUUGGCUACUUCUACACGUUAUGUCAAACACAGAGGUUCAAAAACCGAUAUGGACAAAACCAUUACAACAAAAUAUUAA